AUGUUCGCUUCUGGAUCCCUAAUCGGUGGCCCUUUAUUUGGCCUGUUUUUCGAUCGCUGGAACAUUCCAAAAUUGAUCACCGCUUCCGGAGUGCUUUGUAUAUUUCUCGGGAGCUUCUUGUUUGUUUUACAAAACGAAGUCGCGAUUCUUUUCGGUCGAUUUUUGGCUGGAAUCGGCGCUGGAAUCGAGGGAGGCAUUGUUGGGCUGAUUUCGAAGUCGAGCUCGCCUGCGUCGCGGUCGAAGAAAAUUAGUAUACUUUAUGGCUUGAAACAAAUCGGAGUCAUCCUCGGCCCCUUGAUGAUCUCAAUCUUCCUCGGCGGGGUGGAAGAAAAGUGCUUCAAGCAGAAUUCUUACGAUGAUGACUUGUGCAUUGUUGGAAUCAACAACCACAACUCGACGGGCUACUUUCAAUUGGGCUUCUCUGGAAUCUUGCUUUUACUCGUCCUUGUUUUCGCGCAAAAUCACGAAGUCAAGCAAAUCGAGCCAGAGGCGCAGAAAACAGCAGUUUCUGAAAUCAAGCUGCGGCAAAUCAAGCCGUUCAAAAUCAUCAACGAAAUUUCGAUUGUUUGUUGUUUCUCGACCAUGGCAAUGUACAGCUUACAGUCGUCGACGGAAGCGAUUUUACCGCAGUUUACAAAGUAUUUUCUCGGUUUCGGCGCGGUGGAGAAUUCCUAUGUUUAUGCAAUUGCUGGUGGGAGCGCGAUUUUCGGCUUUUUAGCGCUUACUAUCAUCGUCCGAUGCCUCAAAUCUCACGAAAUUCUGCUCACGGGCUUGUCGUUUGAGCUCUUUAUUUCAGUCAUUUUGAUGAUUGCUCUCGUUUUUGUGGAUUUUCAAGCUCCCUGGUUUAUUCCCGUCGCUCUUCCUGGCAUCGUCAUCUACGCGCUUUUUCUAUCAUUCAUCAUCUCCAGCGCUUCAACGAUUCUCUCUAGAUCUUCGCCGCCCGAACGACAAAGUCUCAUGCAGGGAAUCAGAAUCGCGCUCGAAAAAGUGUCGAUUAUCUUGACGAAUCUCUUCAGCGGGCAAAUUUACAACAUCACCACCUCUUUCGCGUCAAUUUUUAUUCUAACAACGACCUUAUUGACUCUUGCCGUCGGCUUUGUCGUCACUAGUUGGCGAGUUUUGGAUGUUGACGCUGUCCAAUUUCUCCACCAGAUGCGAAAAAUGGAGGAAAGCGAGGUCUUUGAAAACUCAGCGUUUGAAGAAAUCUCGACAAAACCUGCUUCUGUUCCUCAAGGAAGUAGAUUAAGACGGCAAACAACGACAGAAGUCCGUGAAGAGUACCUCUAG